CAAAGAUGGCGUCUAAUUCUUGCGAAAAAUAAUCAUAGUAAACGACAAGAAAAGACGGAAUUAAUCAUUUCAGUCGUAUGAAAACAGUCUAAGCUUAGCUGUAGAAACACUCAACGGUUAAUUUUUAAAAUAUUUGCAGUGAAUUAUACAAAGUAGGGUCAAAAUAUGGGAAGUUAAUUUGCUGAAAGUAUUGCGGAAGUGAUUAGCCUAAACUCGGUACGGUACGUCAAACCGAGUUUAGAACGAAGGCCACAAGGGGUCAGAUCUCCGAGCUGAACUGGUUUGUAGGUGACCUGUUUAUGCAAUAAAAGAUCUACGUCUGUUGUGUAUUAUUUAAUUGGUAAAUCAACAGUUGUCUGUAACGCGAAAUGGCAUCUAAUAAAUCCGCACAUCAUCGAUGUAUUGAGUGUGAUGAGAUGUUCGAAGAAUACGCAGACUUAGAAGAACACAAUAAAAUACAUGUUGUCCAAGACAAAACUGAUAACGAUGAUAAAACAGAUUUUGAUGAUUGUCAACUACCAGUUCGCUUUGAAGGACAAGAGGCGGAGGAGGUUGGAGAUAUUAUGCACUGUGGAUUGUGUGGAGAUGAGUUUGAAAUCUUAGCUGAUUUAGAAGAACAUUGUAAAGCACACGCUCAAGAAGAAGAAGAUGCUAUAGGCAGUACUUCACAUUCAUCGGAUGAUUUCGAUGAUGUAAAAUUAAAUUCCGAAAAUGAAAAGAAAUCCGGCCAUGAGUGUGAAUUAUGUGGCAAGACAUUUAAACAUGGCUGUCGACUCAAAGAACAUUUGAAAAGUCACGCUGGUGAAAAACCAUUCGAGUGUGAUGUUUGUAGCAAGUUCUUUAGCAAUAAACGAAAUCUAGAACUACACAGGAAAAAUCACACGGGAGAACAACCCUUUACUUGUGGUGUUUGUAGUAAAUCAUUUAAUUUUCUGGUUCAUAUUGAACGGCACAUGAGAAUACAUACGGGUGAAAAACCCUUUAAGUGUCAAUUCUGUCCGAAGGCGUUCAACCAUAAAGAGCAAUGUUUGUCGCAUACACGAGUCCACACAGGGGAAAAACCGUUCAGGUGUGAAGUGUGUGACGAUACCUUUAGAUAUAAUUGUGGUUUGAUGAAACACAUGUUGAAAAAACAUUCAGGUCGCGUGUAUGAAUGUGAUAUUUGUAACAAAUCAUUUAAUAAAGCGACAGGUUUACAAAAUCAUUUAAGAAUUCACGGAAACAGACCAUUCAAGUGUGACAUUUGCGAAGAAUCAUUUCGCCAAAGCAGCAGUUUAACAAAACAUCUUAGAAUUCAUGCUGGGGAUAAACCAUUCAAGUGUGAAAUUUGUGGUAAAUCGUUCAACCGGAACGACAUUUUGAAAAAUCACACUCGAAUGCAUACCGGCGAAAAACCCUAUACGUGUGAUGUGUGCAAUAAAUCGUUCAGUAUCAAAAGUUAUUAUCAGAUCCAUAUUAAAAUCCAUACAGGUGAAAAACCCUAUCAGUGUGAUCUUUGUAGCAAGGCAUUUAGUGUCAAGACUUAUUUAAACAGACAUAUGAAAAAUAGACAUUUUAAAUAUGAUGUGCUGCCGUUCGAUUAGCGCCAUAAACUUCUAUUAGUGAGUGCAGGAGAACUGCACCACACACUGCUAUUGAGGACAGCUGAAAUCCGUUAUAUUCAAUGUGCUGCUGAACCUGUGUAGCCAAUAUACCAAUGCUGGUAGCCUUA